CUGCUCACCACCGAAAACUACCACACCGAAUCGAACACGACCACGAUGCUGACUCCCACGAGCACUUUUGCUCUCCGCCUAGCCGGCCAGGGCGCCGCCCGCGCCUCCAUCGCUUCCUCCAUCGCCCGCACAUGCCCGUACUCGACAGCCGCCGCCUCCAAGAAGUCCCCCGCCCGCCCGAUCGGCCUCGCCCCGUCCUCCCCGAUCGCCCGCAGCAGCGCCGUCUUCACCUCCUCCUCGACGUCUCCCAUCAUCGCCCGCGUCGUCCGCCAGCCGUGCUCGCAGCGCUGCAACGCAACCUCUGCCGCCGCCGCGGCGCAAAAGCCCUCCGCUCCUCAGCAGGGCGACAGGCUCGACUGGAACACCUUCUUCGCCCUGCGCAAGUCCCGCCGCAGGUGGCAGCUCGGCUUCAGUCUCGUGGGCUUCGCCGGGUCGUUCGUGGGCGGCGCGGGUGUUCUCACGACGGGCGUCGCGGACUCCCUGGUUACGCAGGUGCCGCUGGAUCCCUUCAUCACCCUUGGACUUAUGACGUUCAGCCUGGGCGCGUUGGGCUGGUUGAUGGGGCCUAGUGUUGGAUCGCUCGUGUUCUACACCCUUAACAAGAGGUGGAAGAACCAGAUGACGAUGAAGGAGAAGGAAUUCUUCGCUCGCAUCAAGAAGAACCGUGUCGACCCCUCCGUCUCCUCCGUUGGCAACCCUGUCCCUGAUUUUUACGGCGAGAAGAUCUCCAGCGUCGCUGGUUACCGUCAAUGGCUCAAGGACCAGCGGGCCUUCAACCGGAAGCGCAUCACCUUCGUGUAA